AUGAUUCAGCAGAACUCUAUUUGCAUGUCUCAACAAAUAAGCUACCUCAUAGACCUGCUGGCCAAGGAGAGUGCCAACCUUAGUACAGAGUAUCACUGGAGGAUCCAACUGAGCCAAGAGUUGGAGGAGCACAAACAAGAGCUGGUUCGACAGAAAAAGCUGAAGGAAAUGUUCAUUAACAGAGGAAAGGAAACAAAGCAAGAGCUGGAGCAGUUACAAAAGUACAGCAAUGCAGAAGCCCUCAGCGCCACAAAGAUUGCCUCUCAGGUAAACAACACUAUCAAGAGGAAGAAGAAAAAAGAUCUUCAGAAAGAUUACGAGGAGCUGAAGGUGGCAUACAUCAUCAACCAGGAGAAGUUUAACAAUGAGGUUCAGUUGGAGAAGGAUAAAAACAAUAUUCUCCAAGAAGAGAUGGAGAAGCUCAUAGCGUCCUUUGAUGAAUUCUACCAAAGUCAUGCAACCAAUCAGGAGAAGUUCAACACCGAGCUCCAGGAGGAGAAGAAGAAUAACGCUCUUCAACAAGAAGUGGAGAUGCUCAGAGCUUCUGAUUCUGAGGUCUGCCAACGUCAUGCAACCAGACAUGAGAAUUUAAACACUGAGCUUCAGGAGGAAAAGACGAAGAACAACUCUCUCCAAGAAGUGCUGGAGAAGCUCAAAGUUUCUUACCAGUAUAUGAGCGAAAGCUAUGAAGUUGAUGUUCUCAAUGCCGGACUGCAGGCGGACCACUUCCUGCAUGAGCUUGCGACGCAAAUAAGGUUCCAUGAUGAUAGAGUGUCACAGGAUGAGCUCCUUAUGAAAAACCUGAAGGAUGAGCAGGACUCUCUCCGUCGUCAGAUGGAAGAAAUAAGACUCAUGCAGCAAAACGCUUCUGAGCAGGAAGCCAUUUUGCAGCAAGGGAUGGAGGAGCUCAAAAAUCAGUUCUAUACUGAGUUCUGUGGAGAGAGUCAAGGGGAGGAGAAGAAGAAGAAGAGCGAUAUCCAGGAAGAGCUGGAGAAUCUGGAAGCUUCUUAUCACGAGGUCUGCCAAAGUCAUACAAACAACCAGGAGAAGUUAAACCCAGAGCUCCAGGAGGAGAAGAAGAAGAAGAACGAUAUCCAAGACGAGCUGGAGAAGCUCAAAGCUUCUUAUCACGAGGAGAAGUUCAACACCGAUCUCCAGGAGGAGAAGGUGAAGAAGAACAUUCUCAUAGAGGAACUGGAGACGCUAAAAGCUUCUUAUCAUGAGGUCUGCCAAAGUGAUGCACACAACCAGGAGAAGUUAUACAGCGAGCUACAGGAGGAAAAGAAGAAGAACGUUCUCCAAGAAGAGCUGGAGAAGCUCAAAGCUUCUCUUCACGAGGAGAAGUUCAACAGCAAGCUCGAGGAGGAGAAGAAGAAGAAGAACUAUCUCCAGGAAGAGCUUGAGAAAGUCAAAGCUUUUUAUCACGAGGUCUGUCAAAGUCAUACAAUCAACCAGGAGAAUUUCAACAGCAACCUCCAGGAGGAGAAAAAGAACAAGAGCCAUCUCCAAGAAGAGCUGCAGAUUCUCAAACUCCAGGAGGAGAAGAAGAAGGUGAACGAUCUUCAAGAAGAGCUGGAACCGCUCAAAGCUUCUUAUAAUGAGGUCUGUCAAAGUCAUACAACCAACCAGGAGAAGUUGAAAACCGAGCUCCAGGAGGAAAAUAAGAAGAUGACCGAUCUCCAAGAAGAGCUGCAGAAGCUCAAAGCUUCUUAUCACAAGGUCUACGAAAGUCAUACAACCAACCAAGAGGAGCUCAACAGCAAUCUUGAGGAGGAGAAGAUGAAGACGAACAUUCUUACAGAAGAGCUGGAGAUGCUUAAAGCUUCUUAUCACGAGGUCUGUCAAAGUCAUACAACGACCCAGGAGAAUUUCAACACCAAGCUCCAGGAGGAGAAGAGGGAGAAUAACAUUCUCCAAGAAGAGCUGAAAUAUCUCAAAGCUUCUCACAACGAGGUCUGCCAAAGUCAUACAACCACCCAGGAGAAGUUCAACAGCGAGCUCGAGGAGGAGAAGAUGAAGAAGAACUAUCUCCAAGAAGAGCUGGAGAAAGUCAAAGCUUUUCAUCACGAGGUCUGCCAAAGUCAUACAACCAACCACGAGAAGUUGAAAACAGAGCUCGAGGAGGAGAAGAAGAAGAUGAACAAUCUCCAAGAAGAGCUGGAACAGCUCAAAGCUUCUUAUAAUGAGGUUUGUCAAAGUCAUUCAACCAACCAGGAGAAUUUCAAAAGUGAGCUCCAGGAGGAGAAGAAGAACAAGAACGUUCUCCAAGAAGAGCUGGAAAAAGUCAAAGCUUUUUAUCACGAGGUCUGUCAAAGUCAUACAAGCAACCAGGAGAAAAUGAAAACCGAGCUCCAGGAGGAGAAGAAGAAGAUGAACGAUCUCCAAGAAGAGCUGGCAAAUCUCAAAGCUUCUUAUAAUGAGGUCUGUCAAAGUCAAACAACCAACCAGGAGAAUUUCAACACUGGGCUUGAGGAGGAGAAGAUGAAGAAGAACUAUCUCCAAGAAGAGCUGGAGAAAGUCAAAGCUUCUUAUCACGAGGUCUGCCAAAGUCAUACAACCAACCACGAGAAGUUGAAAACCGAGCUCGAGGAGGAGAAGAAGAAGAUGAACAAUCUCCAAGAAGAGCUGGAACCGCUCAAAGCUUCUUAUAAUGAGGUCUGUCAAAGUCAUUCAACCAACCAGGAGAAUUUCAAAAGUGAGCUCCAGGAGGAGAAGAAGAACAAGAACGUUCUCCAAGAAGAGCUGGAGAAAGUCAAAGCUUUUUAUCACGAGGUCUGCCAAAGUCAUACAACCACCCAGGAGAAGUUCAACAGCGAGCUCGAGGAGGAGAAGAAAAAGAAGAACUAUCUCCAAGAGGAGCUGGAGAAAGUCAAAGCUUUUUAUCACGAGGUCUGCCAAAGUCAUGCAAGCAACCAGAAGAAAAUGAAAACCAAGCUCCAGGAGGAGAAAAAGAAGAUGAACGAUCUCCAAGAAGAGCUGGAACCGCUCAAAGCUUCUUAUAAUGAGAUGUGUGAAAGUCAUAAAACCAACCAGGAGAAUUUCAAAAGCGAGCUCCAGGAGGAAAAGAAGAACAAGAAUGUUCUCCAAGAAGAGCUGGAGAAAGUCAAAGCUUUUUAUCACGAGGUCUGCCAAAGUCAUAAAACCAACCAGGAGAAGUUGAAAACCGACCUUAGGGAGGAGAAGAAGAAGAUGAACGAUCUCCAAGAAGAGCUGGAACCGCUCAAAGCUUCUUAUAAUGAGGUCUGUCAAAGUCAUACAACCAACCAGGAGAAUUUCAAAAGCGAGCUCCAGGAGGAGAAGAAAAACAAGAACGUUCUCCAAGAAGAGCUGGAGAAAGUCAAAGCUUUUUAUCACGAGGUCUGCCAAAGUCAUAAAACCAACCAGGAGAAGUUGAAAACCGACCUUAGGGAGGAGAAGAAGAAGAUGAACGAUCUCCAAGAAGAGCUGGAACCGCUCAAAGCUUCUUAUAAUGAGGUCUGUCAAAGUCAUACAACCAACCAGGAGAAUUUCAAAAGCGAGCUCCAGGAGGAGAAGAAUAACAAGAACAUUCUACGAGAAGAGCUUAAAAAUCUCAAAGAUUCUCAUCACAAGGUCUGCCAAAUUCAUACAACCACCCAGGAGAAGUUCAACACCGAGCUCGAGGAGGAGAAGAAGAAGAAGAACUAUCUCCAAGAAGUGCUGGAGAAGCUCAAAGCUUUUUAUCACGAGGUCUACCAAAGUCAUACAACCAACCAGGAGAAGUUGAAAACCGAGCUCGAGGAGGAGAAGAAGAAGAUGAACAUGCUCCAAGAAGAGCUGAAAAAUCUCAAAGCUUCUCAUCACGAGGUCUCCCAAAGUUAUAAAACCAACCAGGAGAAGUUGAAAACCGAGCUCCAGGAGGAGAAGAAGAAGAUGAACCAUCUCCAAGAAGAGCUGAAGAAGCUCAAAGCUUCUUAUAUUGAGGUCUGUCAAAGUCAUACAACAAACCAGGAGAAUUUCAACAGCGACCUCCAGGAGGAGAAAAAGAAGAAGAACGAUCUCGAAGAAGAGCUGAAGAAGCUCAAAGCUUCUUUUCACAAGGUCUGUCAAAGUCAUACAACAAACCAGGAGAAUUUCAACAGCGAGCUCCAGGAGGAGAAGAAGAAGAAGAACUGUCUCCAAGAAGAUCUGGAGAAGCUCAAAGCUUUUUAUCACGAGAUCUGCCAAAGUCAUACAAGCAACCAGGAGAAUUUCAACAGCGAGCUCCAGGAGGAGAAGAAGAACAAGAACGUUCUCCAAGAAGAGCUGAAAAAUCUCAAAGCUUCUCAUCACAGGGAGAAAAUGAAAACCGAGCUCCAGGAGGAGAAGAAGAAGAUGAACGAUCUCCAAGAAGAGCUGGAGAAGCUCAAAGCUUCUUAUAAUGAGGUCUGCCAAAGUCAUACAACCAACCAGGAGAAUUUCAACAGCGACCUCCAGGGGGAGAAAAAGAAGAAGAACUAUUUCCAAGAAGAGCUGGACAAGCUCAAAGCUUCUUAUCACGAGGUCUGCCAAAGUCAUACAACCAACCAGGAGGAGUUCCACAUCGAGCUCCAGGAGGCGAAGAAGAACAGUAACAUUCUCCAAGAUGAGCUGAAAAAUCUCAAAGCUUCUCAUCACGAGGUCUGCCAAAGUCAUACAACCAACAAUGAGAAGUUCAACAUCCAGCCACAGGAGGAAUUGAAGAAGAAGAAGAAGUAUGUUCUCGAGGAGGACCUGGAGAAGCUCCAAUCUUCUUUUCACAAGAUCUGCCAAAGUCAUUCAACCAACCAGGAGAAGCUCCACACCGAGUUCCAGGAGGAAAAGAAAAAGAACAGCGUUCUCCAAGAAGACCUGAAGAAGCUCAAGGCUUCUUAUCACAAGGUCUGCCAACGUCAAACAACCAACCAGGAAAAGUUCAACACCGAGCUCCAGGAGGAGAAGAAGAAGAAGAAUGUUCUCAAAGAUGAGCUGAAGAAGCUCAAAGCUUCUUAUCACAAGGUCUGCCAAAGCUAUACAACCGACCAGGAGAAGUUCAACACCGAGCUCCAGGAGGAGAAGAAGAAGAAGAACAUUCUCCAAGAUGAGCUGAAGAAACUAAAUUCUUCUCUUCAAAAGAUCGCCCAAAGUCAUACAACCAACCGGGAGAAGUUCAACACCGAACUCCAGGAGGAGAAGAAGAAGAAGAACGUUCUCCAAGAAGACCUGAAGAAACUUAAUUCUUCUUAUCAAAAGGUCUGCCAAAGUCACACAACCAACUGGGAGAAGUUAAUCACUGAGCUCCAGGAGGAGAAGAAGAAGAAGAACGUUCUCCAAGCAGAGCUGAAGAAUCUCAAAGCUUCUUAUCACGAGGUCUGCCAAAGUCGUACAACCAACCAGGAGAAGUUCAACAGCGAGCUUUGCGAGGAGAAGAAGAAAUAUAAUGUUGCCCUAAAAAAGCUGGAGAAGCUCAGGGUUACUCAUGAUGAGGUCUUCCAAAGAUAUAAUCCUUGUGUUUCCAGAAUUGAACUCAGUGAGGACGUGUCUGUUUCCAAUGUUCUCCCUGAUCCCAAGCCCAAGGAGACGGGGCUGCCUGAGGAGACAGAGAAACCAAAGAAUGCUUCAUCGUGGAAGAGAGUCCGCCACCUUGUGGGGUUGUGA